UUGAAGAUUUCACAUGCAGUCACUACAAUGGCCAAGACACAUUACUUCAUUACUGGAUUAUUGAUUUUUUUCUCACUGCACAAUGCAUUAUGCAUUUCAGAUGAAGAACUUGACGCUAGCUACUGGAACAACAAAGCUAGUAAAGCUCUUAGUGCUGCCCUCCAAGCGCCACGCAACCUUGAGAGAGCCAAAAAUCUCAUCCUCUUCCUUGGAGAUGGUAUGGGUGUAGCGACAGUGACAGCAGCACGGAUGCUUAAAGGCCAGCUGGCUGAACAAUCCGGAGAGGAAAGCAGUUUGGUGAUGGAUACCUUUCCUUAUGUCGCACUCUCCAAGACAUACAAUGUGGAUGAGCAGAUGCCAGACAGUGCUGGGACAGCAACAGCUUACUUAUGUGGGGUGAAAGCCAACUAUGGCACUUUGGGCGUCACUGCUGCUACCCCAAUGGGUGAUUGUCUUGCCUCCUUUGGGAAGAACGUCUCUUCUAUUUUGGAACGCGCCAAGAGAGCAGGAAAAUCUGUUGGGAUUGUCACAACCACCAGAGUGCAGCACGCAUCCCCCGCUGCAAGUUAUGCGCACUCUGCCAGUAGAGACUGGUAUUCAGACUCACAUCUCUCUGAAGAGGCUCUAAAAAAUGGCUGUGCAGACAUUGCCUAUCAACUGAUUAACAACACAGAGAUAGAUGUCAUUCUUGGUGGAGGUCGUCAGUACAUGUUUCCUAAAAGUACGCCAGAUCCGGAGUAUCCAACUAGUACAGGAGACCGGAAUGAUGGGCGAGACCUGGUUGAGGAAUGGAAAAAGAAUAAAGAAAAUGCCAGAUAUGUGUGGGAUAAAGCAGGGUUUGAUGCGGUCAGUCAUCGAGAUACAAACUUUCUAAUGGGACUAUUUGAACCCAAAGAUUGCCGUUAUGAGCUGGAGAGGGACCCGUCCAUGGACCCUUCACUCACAGAGAUGACAGAGAAGGCAAUUAGGAUUCUAAGCAAGAACGCCAACGGAUUUUUCCUGUUUGUUGAAGGGGGAAGAAUUGAUCACGCUCAUCAUGCUGGACAGGCUAAACUAGCUCUACACGAAGCGGUAGAGUUUGACCGCGCCAUCGGACGAGCAGCUGAACUGACCAGUGAACUCGACACUAUGACCAUAGUGACUGCUGACCACUCUCACGUUUUUGCCUUCGGAGGAUACUCUCAAAGAGGAAACCCAGUUCUGGGAGUGUCUCGUGAACUGGCAGAAGAUGGUAAACACUUCACCACCACUGUAUAUGGAAAUGGGCCAGGAUAUCAGAUCGCCAAUGGAAGUCGACCGGAUGUGAAUGACACUGUCUCCUCAACCAAUGACUACCGACAGCAGGCUGCGGUUCCUCUUGAAUCAGAGACUCACGGUAUCGAGGAUGUGGCCAUCUUUGCCAAAGGUCCAAUGUCACACCUUGUUCAUGGAGUCCAGGAGCAGAAUUACAUUGCACACGUCAUGGCUUAUGCAGCCUGCUUAGAGCCCUAUGAAAACUGCAGAAACCAUGCGGCAGCAUUUCAUCUGAGUCUGCUGCUUCUGCUGCUGAGUCUCCUUCACUCCCUCAGCUCUUUUUGAGCUUAGAGGAGACUUUGACGGGAUUUUAGAACAACUCGACCAUUUUACAUACUUGUUAAAACAUAAAUUAUUCAUUUUAAUGUCAUGUGUAAAAACUAAAUUGUAAAAUCUUUUUUUAAAUCAUCUUUUUAUUUUCUGAUUAUAGCAAAAUUGUAAAAUAUUGUUACUUUUCAAAAUUGCUGUACCAUUUUAAAAUACUAAAAUCUUUUUGUUUACCAAAAUUCCUUGUAUUAUUUUAUCUGCUUUUUAAUUUUAAGAAAUUAUCUUUAAUAAAUUGUUGAGUUUACCAAAGAUUAGGCUAGAAAAGUAAUGGAACAAAGACUGGGAUUUGAUUUCUAUAAAAAAACAUUUUUAGAUAUGUUUUUAAUUUAUAUUUUCAGUUUUUUAGAUAAAGAUGGCCUGUGUAUUCUUAUGUAUAUAACAACUUUUAUAACAACCAUAUAUUUUUGUCUGAAAUUAUAAUGUUGUUUUUCCGUCUCAUCAAUCUGCAACCUGAUAUUUGGCCCAAAUUCUUUUUUAGUUUAAUCUUUUUUGAAAAGUAUUUAGCAUAAAUUAAUUUUUUCUGUCAGUGUCUUUUACUUUAGUAAAUACCGUUAAAAAAAUAAAGAUUAAAAAAAAGUCUUUUAAUUCGUGUUAUCUCUGUUGUAAAGGUAUGUACGGAUAGUUGUUCACCUUUUGGCGCAUUCGUGAAGGAUCUUUCCUAAUAACCCACACUGGAUUAAGCUCAUGCACAUCCUGGGAAGCAAACCCAGGUUUCAUGUGUGCCAGUCCCAGCCAACUGAGAAAUCCAGUCUCAGCUGUAUGGGUGUAACGUUUGGUAAAUAGAAAUAGUCUUGUUUUUGCUGUCAAUAACUCCAUUUACUAGACUAAUUAACAUAAAACACUCUUUAGGAAGUCCACAGCAAAGCCUCAAGCUUGUCUUGGAAAACGCAAAGAAACAGGUUCAUUACAAUGACACAAAUCAAAAUCUAAAACCAGACGCAGGUAGAGAAUCAAAAAUGUAAAUGUAAUGGCUUUGUCUGAUUAAAAAAAACCAAAAACCUUCAUUAUAGUUGGACAAAACUAAGUCUUUCAGUCUCCGUAGAACAAUUCAAGAAUGCUGGAAAUUAGAUUUUGUUAUUCAUUGGAUGCAUCACCCUAUUAUAUUUUAAUUUCAGAAAAAAAUGAAAUAAAUAAAUGUACUUCAUUUAUUUAUAAAUCACUGCUGUUAAAACAUUAAUUUUAAUUUUAUGCCACAAUAUCAUCUUUCAUCCCUCAAUCAAAUUCUACAAUUGUCACGCACAUGCACAAAAUAAAUAAAAAUGAAGUCACUAGACAAAACAACGUCCUGCAGACAAAUGACAGUCAUUGAUGGGAUUUUCCCUGUUUGUAGAGAUUCUUUUAAUCUUCACUUGACUGUGGUAGAACACAAUGCAUCCAUUGUGCUUCACACACAAAACUGAAAUUCGGCCUGACACAUAUGAGCCUUCUGACUUUAUUAUAUUAUGCUGAGCCAGGAAUGUUGUUUUUUACUAAAGAAGUUCACAGAACAUUCAAUGUAUUACAUGUGACUAAACAUUUUAGCUCUUGAAACUAACAAAUAAACAAAAAAAUCAGCUCUAAAUGAUUCACUCCUUUUAAAAUAACAUGCUUAUUUGUGUUUCCUGAACUUUAAGGGAAGAAAAUCCACCAGUGAAUUGACACCAUCGUGAUUACUGACCACUCUCAUGUCUUUGCUUUUGGAAGAACCUAUGCCAAAAAAAAUCUGUUUUUGGAAAAAUGAAAGUAAUAGGAUGAGACACUGUGAUCUAAUAAAGAUCUCAUGAACUGGAUGAAGAAGAUACAAACACUUUCCUACAUGGUAAUGAGCAAGUUUAUUAGAUUGCAAAAAAGGUUCCUCUGAGAUGAUGAAUCUGUUUCAUGUUGGUGCACAUCCAUAAUCAGAGUAGAUUGGUAUAAUAGCUCCAUCUAAUGGUGUGAUGUGAUACACACAGCACAUCUUCAAAUAUAAGUUUUACAUGGUACUGAUGAAAGGAAUUGUAUGAAUUGUUUGUCAUUGUGUAAAAAAAAAACAAAACAAAAAAAA